AUGGCUUCCAAAGGAACAUGUGCAAAGACUAAAGCUUCCAAGCGGAGACGUAGCAGCCUCCCAAACCUGGUCCCUGAUGCGCAACGGAUCUUCGCCAACUUAAACUUCUACUUCUUCCCGAAUAACGACAUCCAUGCCGGCCGAAAGGCGAGGAUACGGGUUAGUGAGCGGUAUGGCGCGACAUGGGUGCGCGAUUGGGAUGCGACCGCUGGUAUCACGCACAUCAUCGUGGACCACCGUCUCACGUAUCAAGAUAUACCGGUGUAUCUGAAGCUACCAGAGGGCAUUCCACCGGAAGUGAUCGUCGUGAACGAGGAAUAUCCUUCCGACUGCAUCAGGUCUCAGAUGAUUUUAGAUGCUGCGCAGAGCCAUUAUCAGGUUCCUGGGACGCCGAAUGCAGCUAAGGCCACUUCGAACACCGGGCCCGUUGCCUCUACCCGUAUCCCUUCUCAGGUUGAUGUGGAACCGAAAACAAAGCAGAAUAACCAGGUCGCCCGUCGAUCUAGAUCGCCGUUGCCGGAGCACGACCUGAAGGGCAGUACCGCUACUCACGGGGAUCCGUCAGAAUCAGAUAGAGUCGAAUACGGCAAGUCAUCGUCCCACGACACUGGCUGUGAGACGGGCCAAGCCGACGGUGAAACAGAUGAAACGAAACUUCCCCAGACUGCGCCCGCCGCACCAGACAAGUACGGCUAUGAGCUUAUUGAAGCCAUCCAAGAAGUGGCAGCGCUUCGCGACAUCCCCCUUGAACUAGACGAUGUCGAGGAAAGCGACUCUCCGCCACAAGACGAGCCACCAAGCGAUUCCGACUCCGAGGACCACCGCCCAGCUCACAAGAAGUCCAAAUCUAACCACUCCAAAUUUUCCAACUUCCAAUGCAUGCACUCCCACCCCGCUCCCGCCAACUACUCCACCGCCACCGCCACCCCCUCCUCCUCCACCAUCAUUCCCCCUUCCCACCCCAACGCCCAAAUCAUCACCCUCCUCUCCCUCCAAUGCGACUACUACACCCGCAUCCAAGACCCCUGGCGUUCCCUCGCCUACCGCAAAGCCCUCACCACCCUCAAGAACCAACCCCACCCCAUCACCACCGCCGCCCAAGCCCGCCAACUCCGCCACAUCGGCGACCGCCUCGCCCGCAAAAUCGAGGAAAUCGCCACCACCUCCCGCCUCUGCCGCUUCGAAUCCACCCUCACCGACCCCCGCGACCGCCUCCUCCAGCUCUUCCUCGGCGUCUACGAUGUCGGUUUGGCGCAGGCGAGCAAGUGGGUCGAUUUCGGCUGCCGCUCGCUCGCCGACGUGCAGACGUGCCCGCAGAUCGCCCUGACGGAUAAUCAGCGCGUCGGCAUCGCGCACUACGACGACUUCCAAGCGCGCAUCCCGCGCGACGAGGUGCGCCAGCUCGGCGCCAUCGUGACGAACGCGCUACGCGCGAUCGACCCCGCGUUCGAGGUGACGAUCGGCGGAUCAUAUCGGCGCGGUGCACGGGAUUCAGGUGAUGUGGAUCUGCUGAUCACGAAGCCAGGGGCGAGCACCCGAUACAUUCGAUCGACGGUCCUCGAGCAGCUGGUACCCGAGCUGACGGCGCGGGCGUUCCUGCGCGCGAGACUGGCUGGGGGGAAAGACAGCGUGCACGCCGUGGAGACGACGAAGUGCCACGGAGCCUGCUCGCUCACCCCGACGGCACCGUGGCGGCGGAUCGAUCUACUACUAGUGCCGGAGGAGGAGAUGGGUGCGGCGCUGAUUUAUUUCACGGGGAACGACAUCUUCAAUCGGAGCCUGCGGUUGCUGGCGAGCCGGAAGGGGAUGCGGUUGAAUCAGCGGGGGCUGUUUGAGGAUGCGAUGCGGGGGAGGGGACGGAUGAAGGUGACGGAGGGGAGGUUGGUGGAGGGGGGGAGUGAGAGAGGGAUUUUUGAGCGGUUGGGGGUGCCGUGGCGGGAGCCGACGGAGAGGGUUUGUUAG